AUGAGAGCAGAAAUAUGGAAAAUUUUAUUAGAUGUGAAACCAAUUAAAUUACCUAACCGCCUUAAUUUAACUAUUGUAGAAGCUGAUGUACCUCCAUUAGUAAAUAAGUUGAUUUCUGUUAUUGGUCAAUCAAAAAGAGCUGAAUUAAUUAAAGAUUCUUAUUCUAUUGCAACUACUUUAAUUCAACCUAAAACAUCUCCAAAUUUUAUUCCUACAGUAAUUGUUGCUUUAGUUUUUAAUUAUUUAUAUCCAAAAGAAACAAUAGAAUUUAGAUUAGGUGCUGUAUUUUCAUUCUUAAAUAUGUUACAACCUUAUUUUACUCAUUUAUAUCCUUCUAUUCAAAAAGGCUUAUUUUGUUUAAUGCAUAUUUUACUUCAAUACCAUGACCCUCAAUUAUGUCAUUGUUUAGAUUCUUUUAGAGUUGAACCUGUUCUUUAUACAAAUCGUUUCUUAUAUAAUGCUCUUUUCUCAACAGGAGAAACAUUAAAUGAUGUUCUUUUAUUAUGGGAUGAAUUUAUUCUUAAUUCAAAUAAAUAUCUUUUCUACUAUGCUGUUGUUGCUUACUUAAUUCAAAUUAAAGAUGAUAUUAUGAAAGAAACUAAAAAGAAUGAACUUAUUACUUUACUUAAAGUUAAACGUAUUUCUUCUGAAGACUUACGUAUUGUAAUUUGUCGUGCUGCUAGUUUAGAACGUCGUACUUUAACGUCAUUUAAACUCUUAUUGUCUUCUUGUUUUAGAAAUGAAGCAAUGUUUCAAAGAUGGUAUUCACAAUCAUUAGGAUCAACGUUAGCUCUUCCAGUUGAACCUCAUUCAUUAGUAAAUGAUAUUAAAGAUGGAAUGGAAGUUUUAUUUAUUGAUUGUCGUACUCAAGAAAUGUAUAGAGGAGGAAAUAUUGGAAAUGCAGUAAAUUUUGAUUAUACUAAACGAGAAGAUGAGAAAUAUGUUAGUAAGUUUUUCCAAUUAAAGCCAGUUCAAUGCUUAAGAGACCCAAAAAAAUUUACUCAUGUAGUUAUUUAUGGUUGUGGUGAAAUAGGUAAAACCCUUCAACAGUCACCUUCAUUAAGUGAGUUAACAAUGAUUAUGCUUGAUUUUAUUAAACGUGGUAUUAAAAGACUUAGUGUAUUAUUAAGUGGUUAUCAUCUUUAUCAUAAACUGUCAAUGAAUAAAACCCCAGGAUUUGAAAUAAUAAAUCACAUUCCUUCUGUAUGUCCACUUUGUACUCCUCCUGAAUUAGCUAAAUUAACAAUGAAAAUUACUGAAGGUACUAAAAAAUUUACAGAAAAAGCCACUAGUUUCUUUUCAAAUUUAUCACACCAAGCACAACAAUCUAAUAAUUCACAUACACAACCUUCUCCUCAAAAAGACUCUCAACCUAUAGUACAUAAACCUUAUACUCCUAUUCAACAAAAUCAAACAAUAACCCCUAUUAAAAGUAACACUGAAAUAAAAGAACGUCAACAAAUGAGAGUUUCAUCAACAAAAGGAACUAAUCAAAUAAGUGGGUUAGUUGAGCCAGUUCAACCAAUUUCAAAUCAAUCAAUCCCUAAUUUAUUAGACUUAGGUCUUGAACCAGUUACUGACCCUUCAUCAUCAACAUCUUCUAAUACCAAUUCAUUAAACAGUUCAGUAAACAAAACUCAGAAUAAUGCAAUUCCAAUUCAACCACUUCCAAAUAUAUUAGAUAUGCCAAUUAAACCAUUGAAUGUUGAUUCAACAGAAAUACCAAAUGGAGAUAUUAGUCAAAAACUUACAUUUGAUGAAGAGUAUAAUGAAGAAGAUGAAGCAGAAGAAUCAAAUUAUUUUGAUGAAUUAAUGAAAGAAAGUCCAACAUUUGAAGCUGAUUAUAAUGUUGCUAGUGGAGAUGCUGUUGAUUGUUGGAAGAAAUGUUUAGUUAUAUUAAGUAGUGUAGAUAUGCUUGUAGCGGAAAAACCAUCAGGAGAUGGAGAGAUGUUUUUAUUAGAAGAAGUUACAUAUACAGAUAUUGAAAAAGUUUCGGCAAAAAAACAAAAUCCAGAGAUUUGUACUAUUGAAGUAAAUGGAAAACAAAUUGUCUUAAAAGUACAAAAUAAUAUUGAAUUUUUAAAACAACUUAAUGAUAAAAUGAACGACUAA